AUGCGACUCUUGCCCCCGUUAGCGCUGCUGGCUUGUGCCAUCAGUACCCCCACUGUCGACGCAUCCAUCCCGCGCGCCUGCUCCUCCCCGGAGCACCAGCAAUUCGCCUUCUGCAAUGCGUCACUAUCGACUGCCGAGCGUGUCGAGGAUCUCUUACGACGUCUCCCGCUGGAUGAGAAGGUGACGCUGUUGACCGCCCGUGCCAGUCCCAAAGGUAACAUGAGCAGCAUCGGCCUGCCCGAGUACAACUGGGGUGCAAACUGCGUGCACGGGGUGCAGUCUACCUGUGGCACCAACUGCGCCACGUCCUUCCCGAACCCUGUGAACCUCGGUGCCAUUUUCGACCCACGAGCAGUGUUCGACAUGGCCCAAGUUGUAGGGUGGGAGCUGCGAGCUCUGUGGCUUGAAGGAGCUAGAGAGAACUACGCUACGGGUCCUCACCUGGGUCUCGACUGCUGGUCUCCCAAUAUUAAUAUCAACAGAGACCCGCGAUGGGGGCGGAACAUGGAGACCCCGUCGGAAGACCCUCUGGUCAACAGCAAGUACGGCGUGGCGUAUACUAAAGGACUGCAGGAAGGGAAAGACAAACGGUUCUUACAGGCAGUCGUGACGUUGAAGCACUACGCCGCGUACUCGUACGAACACUAUGACGGAAUUGACCGGAUGGCGUUCAACGCGGUUGUGUCGAGAUAUGACUUUGCUGACACGUAUCUGCCGGCGUUUGAGGCGUCGGUUGUCCACGGUAAAGCCAAGGGAGUCAUGUGCUCGUACAACUCGGUCAACGGCAUGCCAAUGUGUGCCAACGAGCAGCUGAACUCCAAGUUGCUGCGUGAUGCGCUGGGUUUCGAUGGCUACAUUACCAGCGAUUCGGGCGCGAUCGCAGGCAUUUACCAUCAAAGACACUAUACCAAGACACUGUGCGAGGCAGGACGCUUAGCCAUCCUGUCAGGGACGGACGUCAACAGUGGGAGCGUCUACAAACAGUGUCUGGCGGAGCUUGUGACGAGCGGACAGUUGCCAGAGAAGGCAGUGGACGAUGCCAUGCGUCGGACACUCAAGUUACGCUUCGAGUUGGGGCUAUUCGACCCCAUCGACGACCAGCCGUACUGGCACGUGGCACCCAACGAGGUCAACACGGCGGAAUCGAAGCAACUGAGUCUGGAUCUCUCGCGAAAGUCGAUAGUGUUGCUGCAGAACCACGGCAAUAUUUUGCCAUUAGCCAAGGGCAAGAAGCUGGCGGUGAUUGGACCUCACGCAGCGGCCAAACGCGCUCUGUUGGGCAACUAUCUAGGUCAGAUGUGCCAUGGUGACUACCUGGAGGUUGGCUGUGUGCAGACGCCACUGGAAGCGAUCACUAUCGCGAAUGGAGCCUCGAACACGCUGUACGCGAAAGGCUCGGGAAUAAACGACACGUCAACUGCAGGCUUUGACGAGGCUGAAGCUGCUGCGAGGAAAGCCGAGACCGUCGUCUUGUUCUUGGGGAUCGACACGUCCAUCGAGCGUGAGGCGUGGGACCGCGAGAACAUCGACAUGCCCAAUAUCCAGAUGCAGCUACUGAAGCGCGUACGUCGUGCUGGCAAACCGACUGUUGUGGUGCUCUUUAACGGCGGCGUGGUGGGCGCAGAGGAGCUGAUUCUACACACUGACGGUGUCGUGGAGGCGUUCUACCCCGGAUUCUUCGGUGCUCAAGCUGUGAGCGACAUUCUCUUCGGAGAUGCGAUCCCAAGUGGCAAGCUCCCCGUCACCAUGUAUCCGUCCAACUAUGUCACGAGUGUGGACAUGAAGAGUAUGAGUAUGACCAAGUAUCCUGGUCGAUCGUACCGCUACUACAAAGAGGUGCCGGUGUUCCCGUUCGGUUGGGGGCUCAGCUACACGAGAUUCACUAUGGCUCUUGACAGCUCAAGUGGUGUGACGGACCCUAGUGAACCCAUUGUGGUAACGCGUCAAUUGGACCAAACGGUCACUGUUAUCCUCUCGAACGACGGAAAUCUUGUCGGAGACGAAGUCGUAUUCGCGUUCUUCCGACCUCUGAAAGUCAAUGCGACCGGCAACGCAGCGCUACUGAACGAGCAAUUGUUCGACUACCGUCGUGUGAGUCUACGCCCCACGCAGUACCGCAAGCUGAAGUUUCGUAUCCAGCAGAGCACUUUGGCAAUGGUUGACGACUCUGGCAACCAGGCAAGCUUCCCUGGAUUCUACGAAGUGAUCAUCACCAACGGUGUGCACGAGCGAGUAACGUUUGCUAUUCACCUGGUCGGGGAGUUUGAGACUCUGAGUGUGUUCCCGACGGAUACUGGCUAUGUCCCCCCGUCAACCCAGUUGGAGAAUACGCCCAUCCAUCUGGACGCCAUGCGCGCUUUUGAGGGUGUUCCGGCUCGACCUACUGACGAGAAGCAGCCCGAGGCCGCGGUUGCCUUGGCUUUUGACUAG